ACCUUCCCUGACGUCAAACCUCAAUCGGGGCUGCAACGCUGCGUUGCCCCUGGAGGACUACGUGGGUUGAGUCGUGACUGGGGUCCGGGUCCUGCAAGUGACGCUCUCACUUUGCUUCUCCUCUCGCACUGGCGGGAGAGGAGGGUGGCUCCUCUAUCUGGUUACGCGGGCAGCAGGCAGCAGGCGCGGGCGGCCGCGGCGCUCUGGACGGCUCGGGGGUCCGGGCACCGCCAUGGAACCGGAAUAGGAAGGGAGCGCACCCACCGGUCCUGGGCCUCCACCGGGGCCCGGAAGGAAUCCGGGCGGCCACCGCGGAGAUGUGUGCCAGGACUAAUAAUAGCUGACGAAAUACCUACCCUUUUCUGCUCAAGAGGCUGAUUUAAUUGAUUUUUUCCCCCGUAAGUGUUGAAAGUCAAAAAGUCAGUUUCUUAUAAUAAAAAGUAAUAGUUUGACUAUUCAACGACAAUAUCCAUUUGGCUUUGGUUAUUCAACAUGCAGAGCAGACAAGGAUAUUGCAGUUAUUGCUGUGUGCGCUAUAAUAAUCUGGAACAGCAUGUGUCCAGUGCUCAGCACAGAUACUUGACCACACAGAAUAGGCAACGGAUGGGUACCAGUAGUUUGAUGGAACGUUUUUUGCAGGAUGUACUGCGGCACCACCCAUAUCAUUAUCAAGAAAGCAGAUCAAGGCAAAAUGAGAGACUUCUUAGGAAUACUGCAUCACCUUCUGAAUACUGCACCACUGAUGAUUCUGUUCCUGAAGAAAUGACUGAUGAUGCUACUGGAGUCAGAGGAGAGAUAGCCACCAAAAGUUUUGAACCUAUUGAGGAGUUAUAUGCUAGACCUAGUAAAUCUCAAGAGUAUAUACAGGGUGUUCCAAUUCGGCCCUCAGUUAUUCAAAAAUUGGAGAAGGGGCAGCAGCAGCCCUUGGAGUUUGUUUAUAAAAUUGGGAGUGGCCUGAAAGAAUUUAAUCAAGUAGGUAUUGGUCAAGCCACAAAUAAUGGACAAAACGUAUUAUGUCCAUCAGUGAUUUCUACUGCGCCUGCUAGUCGUUUACCUGAAAGUUCUUAUGGUCGACCAGUUACAACUAAUACUGCAAGGUUACCACUAGCAGCCCAUUUGGAUUCAGUUAUCAAAUGUGACCCAAACCAAGUUGACAGGUACCUUGAACAGCGAGAUAGGAGCUCUAGAAAUCCUAUGCUCUCAUCCCAUCUGGAAACUUCUUCAGUUUUAUAUCAGAAACCUAAAGAGUCAAAUAGGAAAUCCGUGUGUUUCAAUUCAGAUAAAUUGGUUAUUCAGGAAGAUGUGAAAUCUCGGGGUGAAACUUUGUCAACUGGCUUUAAAUCUCAUGGAUUUAUGGGUACUGAAGGCUCCUUAAAAUUUGAAUCUCUUUCCAAAUUAGCAGUAAACCCAGCAAUUAAUCUGAAUAAAACUGAUAUGCCUUCUAAUAAAGGAAUCUUUGAAGAUGCCAUUCCAAAGCACCAUGAGAAAUUCUUUUCUAAUAUGGAUCGUACCCAGGAAGUAAAGCAUUUGGUUUUUAACAAGUCAGCCUUUUUGAAACAGAAGAGCCCAGUGAGCUCUGAAAUGAAGUUUGCUUGUGGCUCUCCUCAGUCACUGUCUGAUCAACCUGAAGAGACUUCACAAGACCUUUGGAGUGAGGAGCAAAUUGACCAAGAAGAUAAGAACUAUGAAUCAAGAGGUUCUGAAAUGAGUUUUGAUUGCAAUUCCUCUUUUCAUUCACUGACUGACCAAUCUAAAGUGACUGCCAAAGAAAUAAACCUUUCAACGGAAGUACAUACUAAUUUGCAGCAUAAGAGUAAUAAAUCUUGUGUUUCUGAUGUAAGUUCUGAUUGUGAUAGCCCUCUUCAGUUGGCUACCAACCGAACUCAAGUAAUUGUUAAAGGUGUUAGUGUUCAGAAGGCAGUGCAUAUUAGCCUGGUUGACGAAAGCUAUGAUUCUAGUGAUUCUGAGAUGAAUUUUGAUUGUGAUACCUCACUUCAGUCAACUGAUGACUGCCCCCAACAGCCUGCAAAGGAAGUAGACCUUCCUAAGGAGGCACACAUUUACUUGGUUGAUAAGAACUAUGGAUCCAGUGGCUCUGAAAUAAGUGCUGAUUCUAUUUUUUCACCUCGGUCAGUGGUUGACCGACGCCCCGUGGUUGUCACUGAAACAGAACUUCAGAAGAAUGUUCACAUUGGCUUGGUAGAUAUGAACUAUGGAUCGAGUUGCUCUGAAACAAGUUUUGAUUAUGAUGUUUCUUUUCAGUCAGUAGUUGUCCAUCCCCAACUGGCUGUCAAAGAAAGAAACCUAAAGGAUAGGCAUGUUUACCUGAAGGACAACCAUCAAUCUAGUAGUUUUGAAGCACAUCUUGAUUGUGAUCUCUCUCUUGAGACAAUGACUGAUGAACCUCAGAGGGCUGUUGAAGAAAUAAAUCUUCUGAAAGAUAAGAAUGACCUUGUGGAUAUGAACUGUGAAUAUUAUUGUUCUGAAAUGAGUUUUCAUAUUGAUACUCAAUUAGUGGCUGACAAACCCCAAGUAGUGGUUCAGGAAGUAAAUACUCAAGAAGUAGCUACUGACCUGCAGAAUAAGAGUGCUAAAUCUAGUGUUUCUGAUCUGAGUUUUGAUUCUCAUGCUUCUCUUUAUCAGUCAGCUAAUGAACAACCUCAUGGAGCUCUGGGAGAAAUAAAUCUGAAAGAGUUAAAUGUUGACAUGGAAGUUAGGAGCUAUGGGUGCUCCAGUUCUGAGUUGACUUUUGAUUCUGAUCCCCCUCUUCUGUCAGUUACUAAGCAUUCUGAGCUGGAUGUUGAAGAAAUAAGAAAAAAGCACAUUAACCUGGAAGAUGAGAGCUGUGGGUCAAAUAGUUCUGAAAUAACUUUUGAUUCUGAUAUUCCUCUUUGCUCAGUAGUUGACCAAUCUCACGUAGCUGUUUAUGAGGAGGAACCUGUUAAUCUGGAAUAUAAGAGUAAUGAAUCUUGUGUUUCUGAAAUAACUUUUGAUUCGGAUAUACCUCUUCAUUCAGGGACUGAUCAACCUGAAGUAGCUGUUAAAGAAAUAAUCACUCAGAAAGAAGACUAUGUACACUUAGGAAGGAAGAAUGAUGAACCCAGUGGUUUUGAAAUAAGUUUGGAUUCUUAUGUCCCUCCUCAUUCAAUGACAAAUCCUUAUGAAGUAGUUAUUAAGAGGCUGAAUCUUCAAAAAGAACAGGUACACUUUGAAAGUAAGAAAAAUGAACCUAGUGGUUUUGAGUUAAACUGGGAUUAUGGUAUUUUUCAUUCAGUAAUCGGACAUUCUGAAGAUCUCAUUAAACAAACAAACCUUCGGAAAGAAGAGCAUGUUCACUCAGAAAACCAGGGUAAUGGACCUAGUGUUUCUGAAAUCAAUUUGAAAUCUUAUAUUUCUCAUUUAGUGACUAAGCAUCCUGACAUGACUGUGAAAGAAAUAAACCAUCAGAAAAAAGAACACGUAAACUUAGAAGACAAGGGUAAUGAAUUAAAUAUUUCUGAAACAAGCUUGGAUUUCGCUAUCCCUCUUCACUCAGUGAUUCACAAAGCUGAAGUAGUUGUUAAAGAAACAUGGCUUCAAAAAGGAAAGCAUGCUAAAUUCCAAGAUACAAGUGCUGAAUUUAGUGCUUCUGAAAUAAAUUUAGGUUCUGAUGUCCCUCAUUAUUCAGUGACUGAACCUCAAAUAGCUGUUGAAGAAAUACAUGUUCAGAAAGAAGAACGUGUUGUUUUAGAAAACAAAAGUGAUAAAAGUGGUGGUUCUGAAAUAAUUUUGAAUUCUCAUGUCCUUCCUCAGUCAAUGACUGAAAAACCUAAAAUACCUGUUUUGAAAGAGGACCAUGUUGACCCAGAAGAUGAAAAUACUGAUUCUAGAGGUUUGGGAAUAAAUUUGGAUAUUGAUGCCUCUCUUCAGUCAGUCAUUGACCAAUCUCAACUAGCCCUUUUGAAGGAAAAACAUGUUGAUCUGGAAGACACAAACAGUGAAUCGAGUGAUUAUAAAGUAAAUUUUAAUUCUGAUGACCGUCUUCAGCCAUUGACUGAUCAAUUCCAGGAAGUGAUUAGAAAAACAAACCUGUGGAAGGUAGAGGAUAUUGGUCUGGAAAAUAAAGUUGAUGAACCUAAUUGUUCUAAAUUAAUACAGGAUUCUGAUGUUUCUCUUCAUUCUGUGCCUGAUCAACCUGAAGCAGCUAUUAAACAAAUAAACCUUGAUAAUGAAGGGCAUGUAUACUUUGAAGAUAAUAACAGCCAAUAUAGUGGUUCUGAAAUGAGUUUGGAUUCUGAUUUCUUGGUUCAGCCAAUAGUUGACCAAUCUCAAAUAACUAUUUUGGAGAAGGAGCAUAUUGGGCUAGAAGAUAAGCACAAGCACAAUCCAUCUUGUGGUUCUGAAAUAAGUUUUGAUUCUGAUGAUCCUCUUCAAUCAGUAGCUGACCAGGUUAGAGAAACUGUUAAAGAAAUAAGCCUUUGGAAGGAUGAAGUUGAUGUGGAAGAUAAGAGUGAUAAAUCUAAGGGUUUUGAAAUUAUGUAUGAUUCUGAUGUCCUUUUUCAGUCAGUGGCUGGCCAAACUGCGGAAGUAAUUAAGGAGAUCAACCUUUGGAAGAAGCAUGUAGACUUGGAAGGUAAGACUGUCAAAUCUAGUGAUCCUAAAAUAAAUUUUGAUUCUGAUGGACCUCUUCAGUCUGUGGCUAAUGAAAUUCAAGAGGCUACUACAGAAAUAAAUCUUCUGAGGGAGGAACAUGUUUGUCUGGAUGAUAAGGGCUAUGAACCCAAUGAUUCUGAAAUAAUUUAUGUUUCAAAUGUCCCUUUUCAAUCAGUGGUUGAGCAGCCACACAUUUUGGAAGAGGAACACGCCAAUUUGGAAGAUAAAAGCAGUGAUCCUUGUGUUCCUGAAAUAAGUAUUGCUUGUGAUGAUCCUCUUCAGUCUGUGGCUGACCAGCUUCAGAAAGCUGUUAAAGUAAUAAGUCUUUGGAAGGAAGACCAUAUUUACCUGGGAGAUAAGAGCUAUAAACUAGGCGAUUUUGAAGUAAGUUACGAUUCUGAUGUUCACUUAGUGGUUGAUCAAUCUCCUGUGGCUGUCAAACAAAUAAACUUGCAAAAGAAGGAUCAUAAUGACCUAGAAAAUAAGAACUGUGAACCUACUGUUUCUGAAAUAAAAUGUGAUUCUGGUAUUCAUCUUCAGUUAGAAGUUGACCAACCUCAAGUGGUUUGUAAAGAAAUAAACCAUCAGAGAGUAGCGCAUCUUGGCAUGGAAGAAAAGACUAGUGAUUCUGAAAUAAUGUCUGAUUCUGAUGUCCCUCUUCAAAUAGUACUUAAUGAAGUUCAAGUGUCAGUCAAAGAAGCAAAUCUUCAAAAGAUGCUGUUUGUGGACCUGGUGACCAGUGAUAGUGAUUGUGAAAUGAUUUCUGAUCCUGAUAUCCCUUUUCAGUCAGUGAUUGACUCACCUCAAGUGACUGUCGAAGGAAUCGACUGUAUAAAUGCAAAAAAUUUUGAUUUAGAAGGUGAGUGCUAUGAGUGUUGUGAUUCUGAACUGGGAUAUGUUUGUGAAGCCUCUCCUCGAUCAGUGUCAAACCAAUCCAAAAAGACUUUCAAAGUAGUAAAUCAGAAGAAAGAUUAUAUUAUUCUGGAAGAGUCGGGCUGUGAGUCUUAUGGUUCUGAAAUAAAUUUUCAAAUUGAUGCCGCUAAUCAGUCCAUGACUUACCAAUCACCAGGGUCUGAUAAAAAAAUGUCAAGGUAUAUUGAUACAGAAGAUAAGAGCUGUGAAUCUGGCAGUCCUAAAAGAAAUUUUAAAUGGGAAGACACUUCUCAGUCAAUGACUAAUCAUCCAAAAGAAGCCAGCUUUUGGAAAGAUCUAGAAACUGUAGGUCUAAAAGAUAAGAACUGUGAAUGUAAUGUUUCUGCAAUGGAUUGUAAUGCCUCUUCAGAGUCAGCGAUCCUGCAGAUGGCUGAUGAAGAUAACCCUUUGAAGUUAAAGUAUACAGAUCUCGAAAGUAUGAACUGUGAACCUUGUGGAUCUGGGAUGAAUUUUCAGUGUGAUCCUUCUCUUCAGUCUGACACCGACCAUCCUCAAGAAGUUGUUAAUGAAAUAGACCUAUUUAAGAAGAUGUCUUUUGACCUGAAAGAGAUGAAUCAUGAUUCCCAUUCAAACUCCGUUCCUAAGGUUGACUCUAUAAGGAACCGGAAAAAAGCAAAGGGGGUCAUAGAAGAUAGUACUGAUGAACCAGUUCUUGAAGCCUUGCCUCAUGUCCCUCCUUCAUUCGUGGGGAAAACGUGGUCUCAAAUAAUGAGAGAAGAUGACAUGAAAAUUAAUGCUCUUGUGAAGGAAUUUAAGGAAGGUCGUUUCCACUGUUACUUUGAUGAUGACUCUGAGACCAGGAAAGUAAAAAAAAAAAAUUUGAAUGAAGAAAAAAAGAUUACCUCGGCUGACCUUAAUGACACUGCAUUAAUUCAAGUUCUGUUAGACUGUGAUGAUCAUAUUGAUGACUUUUCAGUAGCCUUAGAUAAACCUAGCCAUCAUCCUACAGAAAAGAGGCCUUAUGAACAAACAUGGCGAGUGGCUUCUCGAUGCCAGGCUGUAAAAGUUAGCCAUGGAACUCAAACCAAUCUCCUGAGUUACCUAGUGACGAAAAGAAUAAGUGGACAAGAAGACUCGCCAACAAGGAAGCGUUUACUUUUACACAACGACAGAAAACCAAAAAAAAUCAAAAUUGGAACAGUUGAAUUUCUUGAAUCAUGUACUAACAUUUUGAAGCCUUUGCACCCCAAUGCCUUAGUCUACGUUCUUUCUUCAAAUAUUAAGCUGAAGGAAGGUGAAUCCUUCAAUUUCUCUAAAAUGAGGCACUGUAUUGACACAAAUGAUCAGGAUUUUAGCAUACAGUACAAAUACAAACAGAGUUCCUUUAAUUAUUAUGACCCAUUGAAUAAACAAAUUGUAAUUACUCCUCCUCUGAACAUAGAAGUACCAGAGUCUGACAGGAAUAACUGGGUUCAAAUUCAUUUUAGUGACAUAAACUCCAGUGCAGGAGAUGAUGAUGCUCAUACACAAAGCUGUACUAUCGUACCUUUUAUGACACUGUCAGUGAGACAUGAAUUGAUGUCACAUGAGGGGGCCGGUGGAUCUUCUGUGUUUCUGGAAAAAGCAGAGAUCUUGAAUUCUAGUGACGUUCUAAAGGAAAGUAAUUUCCAGUUAACUCUUUUAAAUGGUGAUGUUGCCAAAAUCUCGCCAAAAUCAGUUAGAAAUAAGUCUUCAGAAAGUAAAAAGAAAAUUCAGAGAAGGAAGGUGACAACUAAUAAUAAUCCUGGUUUUCCCAAAAUGGUUUACAGACCAAUUAUUCUCCAGCAAAAAACCAGAAUCACUUCAGAAAAACAGUCAAUUUGGAUUCGGACCAAACUAAAUGAUAUAAUUAGAAAGUAUAUUUCAAAAUACUCUGUUUUUUUGCGUCACAAAUAUCAAUCCAGGAGCACUUUUAUUAGAAUGCGUCUUAAGAAGAAAACACCUCAUGUCAGUAAGUUAAAGAAGGCAAAGAGACCAGCCAAAAUGCUUUCGAACUCAGUUCCAUCAGCUGGUUCUGAAGAGAAGUUAAGAGCCAUUGCGAGCUCUUCUCCCAAGCAACCUGUGCAGGAUUCUUCCAGCAGUGCAGGAACUAAGAAGAAUGGUAAUAAAAAACUCCCUAGGAAAAAACAAAGAAAGCGUCCUAGACCUGUUAAAAUAUAUGAUUUGAGAAGUUUAUAUUCUCAGGUGCCAUAUUCUGAUAGAAUGAUGACUCGAUUAUUACACAAAUUGUUAGUUAGUAAGGCAAACUAGAAGCAUUGGUGGUAAAGCUAGUUGAGGAUUCAGAACUUCAGUUGAAAUAUAUUUGGUAUUUAGUGCCCAUAGCUCUCUCAACUUUGGUGAAAAGAUUAACCUUCAACUAUUUUGCUAUAGACAUCAUUUUCAGAAAUUUUAUAUUAUUUUAAAAUUAGUGUUUAAGAUCCUUUUUUUAAGAUUCAAAAGACCCUUUGUCCAUUUGCUAUAGAAGAGCUUCAUCUUAAUUUAUGUUGCAUAAUUUAGCACAGUCUAUAUAAUUUUCUCCCUCAAAUCAUGUUCCUCUUAUUUAUUUUUUAUGAUUGUAUCUCAUGGUCAGCAGGUUAUAACAUUGCAAGAUUGAAUAUGGCAAACAUGAAGUGCUAUCCUAUUUUUACUUUUUAAAAAUUGGAACAGUGACUAUGUACUUAUAUUCAGUGUGUUUCAGAGUGGCAUUGUCAAUAUCGUAUUCUAACUGGAUAAUUGAAAAGAAACUAUAAUAAAUUAUUUCAACUUUUAAGUAGGGUUGACUUAAAUAAUCACAAACAAAAUAUGAUUUACUUUUAAAAGCAUUCCAGAGAAUGAGAUUUCAUAAUCUCUAAUCCAGUGUUAAAAAACUGCCUGGUGAUUUUAUCUACAUAACACAAACUCCUUCUGCUUUAUUUAAAAUGGAUCUGCAAGUCUCUUAACUUUCCACAUUUGGACACAGGAACAUAUACAAUCUCUGUAAUAUACAAUUUCUGUUUUUCUUUAGCAUUAUUAUAUCUUAAGGAGAAAAUGAUCUUGCCAGUGUGACUAUACUUUUUUACCACCUUUAUUCCCCUCCACCUGAAGGGUUGGUGGUUUAAUGUGAAAAUACAGGUUGUAUGGCCUUAUCUCUUAAAAAUAUUUCAGACAUUACCAUAUCAUUUUGUAAUAACUUGAACUGAAACUAUUGGUUUGGUAAUUUGGGCAGACCAUUAAUUGUUGUCAUUAACAGAUUAUUUAUAAUCUUAAUAUUUGAAACGGUCUAAUAAAACUGACAACUUAUGUGGAAGCCCGUUUUGCAAGUGAAAAACUGUAUUUGUUCAUUAAUUUGGUUUUCCUUAAACUUGCUAACUGUCUUAAUAGUUUAAAUAAAAGAUUUUAAGAUACGCAGUUUAGGUCUGAGGUACUCAGAAUAUGUUUAGAUCUUUUAUUCCGGGCACUGGUUCGGCUGGUACAGAUGCAUCCAGUUAUCCUGCUAAGCCGAGGAUUCUGGAUCCUUUUCUGUCAAUAAUGUUAAAGGAAAACAUGAAUUUCAACUAUAUUGUAAAAACCAUAUUUGAUUGAAACUAUAUCAGUGUACCAUGAUUUCAGAGAUAAAAAUGUGUUACCUUAGAAUUAAUGAAAUAUAGUGUUGUAACAGUUGAUUUCUAAAUGUAGUUUUAUUUCAGGGGCCAUUAUUUAACCUGGGGUAUGUUACGAUGGUGUUAUGUUCUAAUUUCUUUACUUCUAAAUUAAAAAGAGUAAUUAUAUUGAAAAAAAUGGACAAAUAGUUAUAUUUUCAGUUGCAAGGCAACUUGAACCUUGCCUCAUAUGCAAACAUUUCCGUUUCCUUUCUUAAAAUAUCACAGUGGGUCAUUAGUUUAAAAUAAUUCCCCAAUUUUAAUUUUGGAGAAAUACUGUCCUACUGAUUAGGAAGUAAACAAGCAGCUAAUACAUAAAAAUACUCUUUUUGUGGGUAUUGGUGUCUUUUUUUCCUAUGAAGUAGACAUAAUUCCCUUAAGUACUCUUAGUAGGUAUGCAUACUUUUAGUAUAAGUUUUAAAAGUGAGAUUUCAUAUGGAAAUAAUGUACCUAUGUAAUUAUGAUGUAUCAUAUCUAUUGUGAUUACAUCAUGCAAAGAGGACAGUUCUUAUAAUUCAAGUGAUUAAAAACUUAAAACAAUUUACUACCUUUUCACAUUGGAAACACUUCUAAGUUCCAUUUUUUUUUUUUGAGAGGAAAAAGGUUUAUAUUUAAAAUUUAUAUUACUAAAAAUAUAAAAAUAAUACAGUCCUGAUGUUUUUUGAAAACAUUUUGGAAAUGUUUACUUAGUUCCUAUAAUCAUUAUUAUUUUAGACAAGCUUGAAAACUUGAAAUUGUGAAAAUUAUCACUUAAAUUAGAAAUGAAUUACUUUCAGACUUUGGUAGGUUACAAGAUGUGCCCCUUUGUCACAAUGCAUUUUGGCUUAAUUUGCAGAUUAGAUAAAACAGUUGGAUGUUUUUUGUGUAUUUAAGAAUGCAUUCAGUUCUUUUAAUAGUGAAAAAUUGAAUUACAGCCACAAUGAAUAUUUUAAUCUUGUACUUGUUCAGUAUCUUGCAUAGAUUUCUAUUAUAAUUGUCCCAAGUUAUACAGUAUGUGGACAAUAUUGUGUAAAGUGUGUUUUGCAUUUGUGCAUUUAAAUUAUUUGUGUAAGUAGGGCUUUGAGUGACACUUUUUUGGUAAAGAGAAACUAUAUUUAAAUAUUCAAACAAUUAUAUAUUUCCAUGUAAAACUAAUGUGAAGACUAAUGUAUUUUUUAUAAUGCAAUUUAAAGAGUAAAUUUGUUUUCAAAGUUAUCAAGAUAAAAUUUAUCAAAUAUUGAAAUUUGUCUCUACUUUCUCAUGUUAGGAACUUUUUCUGGAAAUACUUAAGGAAUUAGAGAAUAAUGAAAACAGAAGUUCAUUUUAUAAAUGGUCUUAGCGAUAAUAAGAGAAUAUAAAUGUUGAUGCUGGUGAGAAAAUAUUGUUUAACCAAAGAUAUACAGGUUAUGCUCAAUGGAGUAGUUAUUUCAAAGGAUUAAAAUUAAACAACUAUUUAUCUGUUUGAUGGAGUGGUGGGUUAGCAACUUUUCACUUUGUAUACCUGUAUUGAAAGAGUCAGUGAACAGGAUUGAGUUCGGGAGGCAGUAGCUGUAUCAUUAUUUGACACCUGCUGGAAGAGAACUUGGAUGCCUCCACUACCACAGUAUAUGUUAUAAAGGACAAGAAAACAUGGAAGAGUGUAUGUAUGUCCCUGAGGUAGGUGCCUUUGGCCUCAGUAGUAGGGGCUUCUGGGGUUUUUGGUACAGGAUUACAUUGUUAAGAUAAAUAACAGCCUACUCUUUAUAAUAAAAAAUUAUCAGAGUAAAAAUAUAAAAUGGAAGUCCAUUGUCCAUAAAGGAAUUUUAUAUAAAUAGAAAAUGUGGACAAUUAAUGAAAAAUCAUGUAAUUAGAGAAUUAUACAUCAAAAUGUCAAUUUAUGAAGAUGGGAGGCUGAGGAAGAAUCUCGACAUUUCCUUAUACUUUAUUUAGGCCCUAAGUAUUAGGGAAAUAAUACAGUUAGUAUGUUUCCUUUGUUCUUACUCUUUAUAUGUAUAGUUAAAAAGUUCUCCCAAUGUAUUUCGAACUAUUUACCUUAAGGGAUAGGCGUAGGAUCAACUAUAGUUUCUUGCUGAAUCUUUAAGUAUGAAUUUACUUUUUUCCUAUGUUUAUAAUUUAUUACAUGCAUUUUUUGACAUGCAUUUUAUUUUUUAAGUUUUUAAGCUGGACGUGUGUGUGUGUGUGUGUGUGUGUGUGUGUGUGUGUGUGUGUAUGUACACAUCUUGAGCCCUUACUAAGUGCCAGGCAUUGUUCUAAGCUUUUAACCUGCAUUAUCUCAUUUGAUCUUCGAAGAGCUCUUAUGACUUAUCUUCUGUAACUGUCGCUAAAUAGCAGAUGAGAAAAUUGAUGCAUAGAGCCUCAAUUUUGGGAUUUCUAAUGAGUCGUUAUUUAUUCUAAUCAAAUGGGGAUUACAGUUAAUCCCCAUUUUCAUCUCCAGUCCCUUUCCACCAGUUAUCUUCUGCCUGUCUGUACAGUUGAGCCUUUUCUGGACAUUUCAUAUAAAUGGUAUCAUGCAAUAUGUGGUUUUUGUGUCUGCCUUCUUUCACUUACCAUGUUUUUGAGGGUUCUUUCAUGUUGUAGCAUGUAUCAGUAUUUUGUUCUUUUUUAUUGCUGAAUAGUAUUUAUAUUUAUAAUUAGUUUUUAAUGAAGCUGGUAACAGAGUGCUGGUUUCCUGAUAACAAAUACAAACGUUAUUGUGCUUGAGGCUGGCUGUUCAUCUAUGCCUCUCAAACCUGUUAUCCUUGAUUACUACCCCUAUUCCGAGACAAACAAGCUAUCUGCCUUUUUGAGUGCUCUUACUGAUACUUGAAUGCUUUAUGCUUCCUAUGUCUUUGAUUCUUAUAUUCCCUUUACUGCCUAUCUUGGCAUUCGUUUUACUGUGCAUAGUGAAUUCUCAUUUUCAGUGUCAACACAUUAGUAUCUUCAGUCCUUUCACAGUGGAUUGCUUGCAGGUAAUCGAACUGAGAAGCGUAUCCAAGCUGCCCAUUAUCCUAAGCUACACAUUCUGUAGCACCAAGAAGUGUUGAUGAUGGUACUUGCCAUGGUGAAACAUUCUUUUUAAAAAUUACUCUCCUACAUAACCACUGUCACAUCAUCACAACCAUUGAUAUGAUAAAAUUAACACUGAUAUAACCCUCUACUCCACAUACCUUCAGAUUUUACCGAUUGUCCCAAAAUAACCUCUGUAGGUCCAGGAUUUGAUACAGCAUCACACACUGUCAUGGCUCUAGUUUCCUUCAGUAUGGAGCAGUUCCUCAGCCUUUCUUUAUAUUUAACAACUUGACAUUUUGAAGUGUACAAAUCAGUUUCUUUGUGGACUGUCUUUCAAUUUGAGUUUGUCUAAUGUUUCUUUAUGAUUAAGCUUUUUGUGGGGGGGUGCAAAAAUUUUGUGGACUUCUCAGUGUAUCAUAACAGCAACCAUGUGAUGUCUGUUUGAAUAAA